CACCAUCAGCGGAUCACUUGCCGGCUAGCCCGUCCAAUCGCCGGUCUGCUUUUUGAUCACCUGACCUCUGAAAGUCACGUGACCCCAGCCUCCAUCCUCGCCAUUUUGCAACGUCAUGGAGGACUUCAACAACGUCGCUGUGCUCAUCGCCGCCGCCGCCGCCUCUUCGUCUGCGCCGUUGUCGGAAGCCCACGAGCAGGAGGGCGUCCCGGACGCCGCCAGUCGCAAGCCGGACGCCGACUCCCUCAUCCAAGUCAUCGAGAAGCUGAGUAAAAUUGUGGAGAAGCGACCGCAGCGUCGCUGCACCCUGAUGGGACACAAGAGGGUCCAGGCGAGAGCCGGAGGAGGAGGUUCCCCCUACAAGAAGCUGAGCGUGGAGCAUAUGGACGGCGACUUCAACAACAACGGCGGCGAGCGCAAACGCGCGGUGACGUGCUACCAAUGCAGCCUGUGCCCGUAUCUGUCGCCCGAGCUGGCGCUGCUCAAGGACCACCUGAAGCAGCACAACGAGCACAACCAGGACUUGAUCCUCAUGUGCUCGGAGUGUCGCUUCAGCUCCCGAGACCAAGCGCAGCUGGAGGAGCACGUCAGGAUGCACCUGGAGAGCGGCGCCGAUGCCGACGGGGGCGAGAACAGAGCCGGGGGGGACGCCGACGCCGACACGGUGGGCUCGGAGCGUGAGGGCGACGCUGAGCGGCAUCAGCAAAAGAAGAAAAAGAAGUGGUACGUUUACGAGGAGUACGGCCUGUACCGCUGCCUGAUCUGCAGCUACGUGUGCAGCCAGCAGCGUAUGCUCAAGACGCACGCCUGGAAGCACGCCGGCCUCCUCGACUGCUCCUACCCCGUUUUCGAAGAGGACGAGGAGAAAGCCACCUCGGCGCUCCCUUCGGAGCCCGCCGGCCGAGAGGCCGAGUCCCAGAUCGCCUCCGCCGCCUUCAAGCAGCGCGCGCCGCUGCCAGACGAGUCCACACCGAGUCCGGCCCGCGGCGCCAAAGAGGACCAAAGCCAGUUGGACGUCAAGGAGCUGAGCCCCGAGGAGUCUGGGAUGGAGGUGCAAGUCACCGCGGAGGGCGAUGCCGACGCGGCGUCCGUGGCCGACAGCCUGCUGACGUCGGCGCAGAAGAUCAUCAACAGCGACCCCAACAGCGCGGGUCACAUCAACGUCAUCGUCGAGCGUCUGCCUUCCGCCGAAGAUGGCGUCAUGGCCCCGGCGCCGCUGCUGCUCGACCCGGAAGUGGACGCCGGCCAGAGCUUACUGGGCGUUCCAGAGGAGGAGCACGCGCGGAGCGCCGACCCUCCUCGAGACGAGAACGUUCCGCCGGCGGGACGCAAGAGGACUCACUCGGAGUCGCUACGCCUUCACUCGUUGGCUGCCGAGGUCCUGGUCGCCAUGCCCAUGAGGACCCCGGAGCUCAAACCGGAGGCGGCGUCCGCGGUGGAGCGUCGCGGAAACGCCGACGAGGGCUCGGGGUUCCUGCACAAGUAUGGAAAGAACCCCGAGGGUCCCGUCGGCGCCGCCGCCGCCAACGCCGGCAUCAGCUCAUCCCUGCUCACAGUCAUCGAGCGUCUCCGCGAGCGUUCGGACCAGGACGCCUCCGACGAGGACAUCCUCAAGGAGCUGCAGGACAACGCCAACGCCGUCCCGGAGGACCCGGGGGCCUCGCCCGACGGGGGUCUGGUGGACUUCGUGGCCGGCAGCGAGCGGCCGUACCGCUGCCGGCUGUGUCGCUACAGCAGCGGCAACAAGGGCUACGUCAAGCAGCACCUGCGGGUGCACCGCCGGCGCCAGCCGUACCAGUGCCCCAUCUGCGAGCACGUCGCCGCCGACAGUCAGGACCUGGAGACUCAUAUGAUCCACCACUGCAAGACCAGGACGUACCAGUGCGAGACGUGCUCACAGGCCUUCCACUACAAGACUCAGUUAAGAAGUCACGAGCAGGAGCAUCACAGCUCGGUCGGCGCGGACGCGGAUGAAACGGCGGCGGCGGCGGAAGCCGAACGCGACGCGGACGAAGAAGGCGUCCUUCACAAGACGUUCAAGUGCGACGUGUGCGACUACACCAGCGCCACCUACGUGGGCGUCAGGAACCACAGACGCAUUCACAACUCGGAUAAACCUUACCGAUGCUGCAACUGUGACUUUGCCACCACCAACAUGAACAGCCUGAAGAGUCACAUGAGGAAACAUCCUCAGGAGCAGCAGGCCGUGCAGCUCCUCGAGCAGUACAGGUGCUCGCUGUGCGGCUACGUGUGCAGCCACCCGCCGUCCCUCAAGUCGCACAUGUGGAAGCACGCCGGAGACCAGAACUACAACUACGAGCAGGUCAACAAGGCCAUCAACGAGGCCAUCUCGCAGAGCAGCCGAGCUCCCGCAAAGGCGUCGAUGGGGGCGGAGACGCUAACAUCAUCCUCGCAGGACACCGCCAAGGUCCUGGCGGAACAACCUCUGGAAGCCCCCGUCGGGGUCCCCAAAUCCAGCCCGGGCCCCUCCUCCCCCCAAAGAAGUUCGCCAUCACCGUCACCGGUCCAGGUCCAGGUCCAGGUCCAGGUCCCGCCGCCCGGUGGCGGAGUGGAGUACUGCGUGCUGCUCUUCUGCUGCUGCAUCUGCGGCCUGGAGUCGCCGAGCAAGGAACGACUGAUGGAGCACAUGAAGGAGCACGAGGGAGACCUCAUCAGCAUCAUACUCAACAACAAGGAUGCGCACGCGUACACGCAGGCAGCACAUCCUGUCAGCUCCAAUUUUACAGCAAGAAGACGCAGUCCAACGGAGACCUCCGCCAAGGUCAGCCAAGAACAAUUUGCUUCGUGUUCAAAUCUUCGUUACCUGAACAUAUCUAUAUUGUUGUUAGUUUGUUUGUUUGUUUUUCACAAUUAAAAUAUGGUUGGGUUUCAUUUACACUAAGCUUGUAAACUAGUUACGACUAAAAUGAUCUGAUAGUCAAGUGAACAAAACUUGAGGAUGCUUAAACUCUGUCAAGCAGU